CAACCACGAAACGCGAACGUCGGGACGUCGUUUGGAUACGGGUUUUUUCCGAUGUAAAAUACGACGUCGUAUUAUGUAGAGAUAAAAGUUGGAUAACUUUUUUUUUGAAAAUGUUUGAAAUAAUGGAUUACUGUUCUGGUUGGUAUAUAAGAUUUAAAAAUGCCACCUCAUAUUGUCGAGACUUUUAAGGAUUAAUUAGUGUUCAAGUGACUCAAGUUUAGUGUUUCAAAAAUGGACAAAUUUCUGGUCAGGAUCGUGGUGUUUUCCAUGUUUGCUUCCACUAAUUUCUGUAGGGUAAAACGGCAAGAGGACAACCAAAACUACCCGGAGGCCGAUAACGAAAUCGAACCCCUCAUAAUCGACCGAGGUCCGUAUUUCGAUAAAACGGUAUCGAAAAACGUUACUGCCCUAGUGGGGAAAACGACGUAUUUGGGCUGCAGGAUCCGGAAUUUGGGGAACAGAACGGUUUCCUGGAUAAGACACCGAGAUCUACACCUGCUGACCGUGAAUCGUUUCACCUACACAUCCGACCAGCGGUUUUCCGCCCUCCACAACCCUCAAACCGAGGACUGGACCUUACAAGUGCGCUACCCUCAAAGGAGGGAUGCCGGUACCUACGAAUGUCAAGUCGGUACCACGCCGCCCAUGGGCAUGUCGAUGUACUUAUCAGUAGUGGAGCCCAUAACGACCCUACUGGGAGGACCAGAAAUGUACAUCAACAAAGGAAGUACCAUGAAUUUGACGUGCAUAAUUAAACAAAGCCCCGAGCCACCACCGUCCAUUUAUUGGACACACGAUCAAUUGGAAAUCAACUACGAUUCACCAAGAGGUGGUGUUUCGGUGAUAACCGAAAAAGGUGACGUCACCGUUUCCUACUUGCUCAUACAACGUGCCACGGAAAAGGACAGCGGCAAAUACACGUGUCACCCUUCCAAUGCCAAUCCGAAAAGUUUAGCUGUGCACGUACUAAAUGGUGAAUAUCCAGCAGCAAUGCAACAUGGCGGCCAACUACGUCUACAAUAUCCGUUUGCUGUCUUGUUCCUGAGCCUCUUGGCCACCAUGGUAGUAGCCCCAUGAAAAACUUUUAUAUGUAUUUGGUUGGUGCUAAGUGUAAAUAAAUAGAACAUCGAACAAACAAAACAGUGACCAGUGUAAAUAUUAAAAGGCAAUAUUAGAAAUCUAAAAAUGUUUUUCAUGUUUGUGAAAUUCUACUUAUAUUAUAUUAUUUGAUUGUUUUUUGAAUAAAAACC